AUGCGUUACUCAUCUUUGUUAUUGCUGAGUGGCCUCGACAUAGCUCUGGGAUCAACCCUUCAGAGUGCUAGCAGAGAUCGAGUACGACCAGAUCACGAUCAUUGUACCGCCCUUGCGGUAGAUUGUGCUGCGACCAUAGAUGGGGGAUGCAUUUCUGGAACGAGUGCUGAUGGAAGUCCAAUUGACUUUAGGAUGGUGUACGUCCCUCCGAAGACCUACGGCCCAGGUGGCAAGAGGGCCGUUUUCAAGCAAGUCGAUGAUUAUCCAAGGAUCGUUGAUGCCUCCCGUGCGCCGAGUUAUGCACCUACCUCACCUGAGCAGAAGGAGAGUGUCCCUAUUGGUUAUAUCGACAUGCCAGAGGGGACCACCUAUGGCUACUGGGAUGCCGCCUAUGGCGUUAUGAAUGAGGCUGGUUUGUCCAUGGGUGAAAGUAGCUGUAGUGGACGUCUGGCCGCUGAGCCAAGGAAGGAUGAGUACGACACUUCAGGAGCGCUUCUCUGGGUGGGGGAACUGUCGGACAUAGCAAUGGAGCGCUGUGCAACCGCGAGGUGUGCUAUUGAGACCAUGGGUGGUCUAGCAGAGAAGUACGGAUUUUAUGGUACGACAAGUAUCGUGGAAGCGGGAGAAGCCUUGACCAUCGCUGAUAAGAGUGAAGCUUGGGUUUUCCAUAUCAUGGCUGAUGAUACUGGAAAUGGUGCGGUUUGGGUGGCCCAGAAAGUUCCCAAGGGCCAUGCGACCAUGGUGCCUAAUGUAUUUGUCAUUCGAGAGAUUGACCCUGAUGAUUCUGAAAACUUCCUUUUCUCUAAGAACAUAUUCGAUGUGGCGAGGAGGCUCGGCUGGUGGGAUGGUGUUGGCAAGCUCGACUUUGUCAAGGUUUACAGUGUGAGCGAGUAUGAUCAUCCUUAUUAUGCUGGACGUCGUUUGUGGAGAGGUCUUUCACUGUUCGCGCCCUCUCUAAAUCUUGAUCCCAAGCUCGGUGUCGACUGGGACCAUGCCACCUACCCUUUCUCUGUUAAGCCUGAUGAACCUGUUACUGUUGAUUUCCUGAAACGCUUAUACCGGGAUCAUUACGAAGGGACUCCGUAUGAUCUCACUGAUCACGUCGUUGCUGGUGGGCCCUUCAACACACCCACUAGAUAUGAUGGCGCAGAAGCUGAGAAGAGCUUCAAGCAUGGUGCAUGGGAACGUGCUAUAUCGCUGUACCGAACGCAGUAUUCGUACUUCGCUGUAGCCUACAAGGACAAGGCGAAUAUCAUCUACUUCGCUCCGGGUACCCCUCAUGCUAGUGUGUAUAUCCCCAUCGUAGUGAAGCCUCAACAAUCAGUGACGUCGAUCCCCGCUCUUGAAUAUGCAUGGCAGGGUGAAUUCAAUCGCAGCUCCCUUUGGUGGGGUGUGCUCUCCGUGUCGAACGUGAUGGAUUUGAAGUAUCGUUAUAUGAUCGAGGACGUCCGCAAGGCUCAAGUAGCAGCGGAAACUGAGAUAGACAUGAUGCUCGCAACGAAAACUGAUGAAGAGAUCGAAGCUGCUAUGCCCGAAUUCUGCAGCCAUUUGACCAGUAUAUGGUUUGAUCUUACGUUCACUCUACUCGGCAAAUACCAGAACGGGUAUGCCGAUUGGGGUUAUACGAAAAUUGGAUAUGGCCCUUCCUCGGGAUGGCUCAAGCGUGCCGGCUAUGAUAGAUUCGCAGCCUCCAAGAAGCAGUUCAAAGAUCUCAGAAGACGCUAUGCAAAGUGUCAAAAUGAAGCUGAUGAGAUACGACGGAGAAACAGAGGUCAAGCUUUCGAAGCGGAAGCUGUUCUUGAAACAGAAUAA